AUGGGAUCCAGUGCUAGUGAUCUGAAGAGGCAAAAAGCUCUGGCCUGGUCAGCAUUUUGGAAACUGGAACACCUUUGGAGGAGCUCAGUUAUACCAAUAUCUACCAAAGUGAAGCUGUUUCAAACAAUUUGUGUGACAGUACUUCUGAAUGGUUGUGAGACAUGGGUCAUCACACAUGAUAUGGAAGAUAAAAUUAACGCCUUUGCAACAUCAUGUUACCGCAUCAUGUUGAACAUCAGGCGAUUGGACAGAAUUCCAAACACAACUAUCUACAACCUGACCAACACAGUCUCUCUUGUAGUCCGGCUAAGAACCCGCCAGCUGAAAUUCCUGGGGCAUGUUCUGCGCAUGCCCGAUGAUGAGCCGGCAAGGUUUAUGCACUGUACACUCCACUGCAUGGUAAAAGAAAGCCUGGCCGACAGCGAACAUUAUAUUCAAGAUAUAUCCAGAGCCUUCUUGGAGACCAUGAGGGUUACCUGCAACUGGACCACAGCAACUGGAGGAAACUUGUGGUCGCCUGCUCCGCAGCCGAAUGAAUGA